GGUUGUGAUACAUCUUCCUAAAACAGAAAAUACAACACGCAAUUUGUAAACAGACCGUUUAUUUUCCUGCAUAAACUACAACCACAAAAGAAGCACACGAUUCAACCGGCUGAAAAAAUAUAUGAAACGACAAACGCCAGGAAUACACACAGACACUGCUCAAAACAAACUACAAGUCCCAUGGUUCCGCGCGGCAUCGCUGUUAUUUGGCUUCAUGUCUUGUAGACGUGGGCAGCAGGGAGGGACUCGAACAAACAAACCUCCAGAACACCAACAUAUAUAAAUAUAUAUCUCCUGACAUGCGGAGGGGAUCUGAAGGAUAACUCCUCUCACCAGACCCCCAACAUGUGGUUGAAGCCGGAGGAGAUCCUGCUGAAGAACGCCUUUAAACUCUGGGUCACUGAGAAUGACAAUGAUUAUUUCGUGCUGCAGAGGAGACGGGGCUACGGGGAAGGGGCAGGCGGGCUGACAGGUCUGCUGGUGGGAACCCUGGACACGGUCAUGGACUCCACAUCCAAGGUGGCUCCGUUCCGCAUCUUACACCUCACCCCCGACUCUCAGGUCUACUGGUCCAUCGCGUGCGGUGGCACCAAGGAGGAGAUUGUGAAGCACUGGGAUUGGCUGCAGCAGAACAUCAUGAGGACUCUGGCCGUGUUCGACUCCAGCGAUGACAUCACCAGCUUCGUCCAGGGAAAGAUCAGGGGUCUGAUCGCCGAGGAGGGCAAGAGCUCUAUGGUGCAGGAGGAGGACCCCGAGAGGUUCAGGGAGGCCCUGCUCCGGUUCCACAAGUGGUUCGAGCUGCCGGCCAAGGAGAAGCUGGUCACCUACUACUCCUGCAGCUACUGGAGGGGCCGCGUGCCCUGCCAGGGCUGGCUCUACCUCAGCACCAACUUCCUCUGCUUCUACUCCUACCUGCUGGGCGCCGAAGUGAAGCUGGUGAUCUCCUGGGAUGAGAUCUGGCGCCUGGAGAAGACGUCGAACGUGAUCCUGACGGAGAGCAUCCACGUGCAGGCGCACGGCGAGAACCACUACUUCUCCAUGUUCCUGCACCUCCACGAGACCUUCCUGCUCAUGGAGCAGCUGGCCGACUACUCCGUCAAGAGGCUCUUCGACAAGGAGUCGUUCAACCGCGAGCCCAGCCUCUGCGACCCCCUGCAGAUCACUAAGAGAGGUCUGGAGACCCACGCCAGGAGCGAGCAGUUCCGGAUGUUCUUCCGCCUCCCCCGGGAGGAGAACCUCCUGGAGGUCCACGAGAGCUUCCUGUGGGUGCCCUUCAGCCACUUCAACGCCCUGGGGAAGAUCUGCCUUUCGGAGAGCUACCUCUGCUUCGCCAGCCAGGACGGCACCCAGUGCCACGUCAUCAUCCCCAUCCGCGAGGUGGUCAGCGUGGAGAAGCCCGACUCCAGCAGCCGGUCGCUGACGGUGUGCGUGCGGGGCAAGCGGGCGCUCCGCUUCUCGGAGGUGCGGUACUACGAACGCCUGGCCGGGACCAUCCGGAGCCGCUGCGGCAUCGCCAGCAGCCCGCAGCACUCGGCCUCCACCGAGACCAUCAAGGGGGAGUGCCAGACGCUGAUCAACCACUUCGAGGACAACCCCGACGACGUGACGCUGAUGGUGGGCCAGAGGGACAGCAGCAAGGCCGUGAGCACGGAGGCCCUCAUGACCGUCUUCCACCCGCAGGACGUGGAGAACCUGGACCCCAAGAUGCUGAAGGAGAAGAUGAAGGAGCAGUCGUGGAACAUCCACUUCACAGAGUACGGUCGAGGAACCAGCAUGUUCUUCACCAAGAAGACCCGGGACCUGAUCGUCCGCGGCGUUCCCGAGGCGCUCCGAGGAGAGCUGUGGAUGUUGUUCUCAGGGGCGGUGAACGACAUGGCCACCCACCCCGGCUACUACACGGAGCUGUGGAGCACUCCUGGCACCUCCACCCUGGCCACGGACGAGAUCGAGGACCUCCACCGCUCGCUGCCCGAGCACCCCGCCUUCCAGAGCGACACGGGCAUCUCCGCCCUGCGCAUGCUCACCGCCUACGCCUCCAGGAACCCCAAGAUCGGCUACUGCCAGGUGAGCUCUAUGUGGGCGUGUCUCUACUGCCAGGUGAGCUCUAUGUGGGCGUGUCUCUACUGCCAGGUGAGCUCUAUGUGGCGUGUCACUACUGCCAGGUGAGCUCUAUGUGGGCGUGUCUCUACUGCCAGGUGAGCUCUAUGGGGGCGUGUCCC